CCCCAACCCAGCCCGAACCCAGCCCAGUGUAUAUCCGACCCCAUCCUGAAAGGUAAAGAAAAGAAAAGAAAAGAAAUCGAAAAUCGAGAAAACUGCAAAAUGCAACACCACCGCCAUGAAUUUUUUUGCUCCUCCAUCUCCUUCUCCUCCUGCCCCUUCUGCUCCUGCUCCAUCCUGCUCCAUCCUGCUCCAUCCUGCUCCAUCCUGCUCCAUCCUGCUCCAUCCUGCUCCAUCCUGCUCCAUCCUGCUCCAUCCUGCUCCAUCCUGCUCCAUCCUGCUCCAUCCUGCUCCAUCCUGCUCCAUCCUGCUCCUCCCGCCCAUGUUGCUCCUCCCGCCCAUCCUGCUCCUGCUCCUACUCCUCCUUCUCCAGCACCUGAUCGUGAUCGUACCACAGCCCAAUAUAAACAAAAAAAGUAAAAAAGUAAAAGAAACAAGAAAAAAAUGGAAAAAGAAGAAAAAGCGAAGACGCGAAAAAGCAAGAACGAAAACAAAAAACAAAUGCCACAAACACCAGCGACCGCAACCAAAGCCAAAAACAGCCAAAAACCAAAGCCAAAAACAGCCAAAAUAAACAAAUCUCAAAUCCCACAGAAAUCGGGCACGAGACCCAAAAACAAAAACCAGAAACCAAAAAGGUUAAGCAAACCAAAAUCAAAACCAAAAAGGUUAAGCAAAAAUGAAAAACAUCCUUUUCCGGGUUCCCCGCUCUCAUUCCCCACCACCCACCGCGCAGCGCCC